AUGACGCACCUUAGCUGCAACGAGGCACGACUUCAACCUACUCCCACAUUGUUCAGAGAAUCUCUCAUUGACCCAGCAACAAUACCAGUGGCGGGACCACCAGUUACGGACUCCACGGAAUGUGACAAGCAACUUCCACUUCCAACACUCAUUGACAGCGAUCUACAUUUCGAUCUGGAAGAGGCAACUGCAGCCGACCACAUCACCAACUUGAGCGACCUCACCGAAACAGACAAGCACACCAUCAUGCUACGAUGGCACUAUCGUCUUGGACAUACGCCCUUCCCCCAACUCAAGCAAAUGGCGAAGUACGAUCUCCUUGACAAACGACUUGCCACAAUUCAAGAAUUCCCAUUCUGCCCAGGAUGUCAAUUUGGAAAGCAAACUAGACGAGCGUGGCGCCAUCGGUCCAACAAGAAACUUCGGCGCUGA